AUGGGCCUCGAUUUUUACGGCUGCGUCAAGCUUGUCAAUUACGUCCGCACCGAGGUCUCCUCCGCCUCGGGCAGCAGGCUAAAGGACGUAGCGGCGGGCAUCGAAGAUGCUGUCGUCGCCAGCAAGGGGGAGGCCUUUGCCGACGAGAGGUUCCUACGGCCAGCCCUGGAGGAUGACGCUCUUCUCCUUUCUCUUGAAGAGCUCUUGCUUCAGGGGGACAACCAAGAUAACGACGAGGACGACGCCCCCCCCCCCCCNCCCCCCCCCCCCACUACCGCGCCAGAGUCAGGAGCUCAAGAGCAGAAGGGGAACGUUCUCGAUGAUGCAACAACAGCAUCAAGGUCGGGCGAAGGAGCAACAAGGACGGGACCGUCAUCGGUGACUUUGGGGCAGCCUGCAGAGGAGGGAAACGCCCUCGAUGUCUCCGCAGCGGCAGCGGCGAGAAUAUCGGAGCUGGAGAUGGAGAACGCGAGACUGAGGGAGGCGUUGCAGGCGGCGGACGCGCGAAUAGCCGGGGCCAAUCGAGUGCUGCGGAGUCUUGCCGGGGGGGACGCGGAGGGGGGGGAGGGUAGCGACGGCGAGGGUUCGGUCGCUGGGGUGGACAACGAUUCUUAUUACUUCAGGGGCUACGCGCACUGGGGUGUCCAUGAGACCAUGCUCACGGACACGGUGCGAACGGGGGGCUACGAGCGCGCCAUCUGCGACAACGCAGCGUUCUUCAAGGAUAAGGUGGUGCUGGACGUGGGGUGCGGCACGGGAGUGCUGAGCUGUUUCGCCGCGCGGGCAGGGGCCCGUAAGGUUAUCGGCGUGGACCGCAGCGACAUCGUGGUCAAGGCCAGGGAAGUCGUGCGAGCGAACGGGUUCGACGGCGUCGUGACUCUGGUGCAGGGAAAAGUGGAGGACGUCGACAUCGGCGUGAGCAAGGUGGACAUCAUCAUCUCGGAGUGGAUGGGCUACUGCCUCUUCUACGAGAGCAUGCUCCCCAGCGUCCUGACCGCCCGCGACAAGUACCUCGCCAAGGGAGGCGUUAUGCUCCCCGACAGGACGCCUCUCUUUAUCCAAGGCUGGAGGGAUCCGGACGGGCGGCUGCAGUUCUGGGACAACGUCCACGGGCUGGACUACUCGAGCAUGGCCGACCUCCCGCUAGACGAGGCAUCCGUCGAGGUGGAUCUGGACUUCGAGGCGCCCUUCGAAAUGGUCGUUACCAAGCCGGGCACCGUGAGCGGCCUCGUGGUGUCCUUCGACACCGGCUUCUUCGCGAAAUCGGAUCCGCCGCCACCGCCGCCGCCCUGCCCCCCUGACGCAGGUAUCAGCGGCACCAGUGCCGAGGCCAAGGCAGGCGGGAAGCAACAGUCAACGCCGCCGCCGUCAGGGGCGAUGACGACAGUGGCGAGCUGGUUCUCGACGGGGCCGGAGAGUCGCCCCACCCACUGGAAGCAGACUCUGCUGUGGCUGCAUCCGUCGGAGAAGCCAGAGGGGCUGGCGAAAGGCGACGCCAUCGCCGGGAGCCUGUCGCUGCACCGGAACGAGGUCAACCCGAGGGAGCUUGGCCUGACGGUCACGUGGACCGCCACGCAGCAGAGCACGGGGCGGACGUUUGGGGGAACGCAGAAGUACUCGGUUUGCUGAGGACGGCCGGGAGGGGGAGGGUAGAAGAUGGGCGGCGAGUCAUGUGGCUCUGAGAGCCCUCUGGGGGAGUCUCCAAGGACGCGAACGGUCUGCGCAACUCAUCUGCCUUUGGGCGUAUCCGAGAGCUGCGCGGAGACCGCGAUGAACAAGGCCGGCAAGGUGUGGUUGGAAACUCUUCACAAACAACCACCUCUAGGAAAACAUUUGUUCAGAUUUGAGCAACAACAUCCCUCGAGGCGGUUGUUUGAAGAGUUUCCAGAACCACGCUCGGUCUACCUACGCGGUACCAGAGCAUGGUUCCGGAAACGCUCCACAACCAGCUUGAGGAAUAUUUUUGUUGAGGACAAUGUGCCGAGCAAACUAUCCCUUCAGCUGGUUAUUCUAAAGCCUUUCCAGAACCACGUUCGAUGCGUCGCCGGUCCACCCGUCAACGUUUUCGCGUAGCUCUGGGAUAGGUAUGUCGAAGGGCAAGGUUCGGUACGCCGACAGACCACGUUCUUGGGUCUGAGUUUCCAGGUAGUCUUCGAGAGCUUGAAAAGGGGGUUAAGGUAGGGGGCAAGCUUCGGCACGAAUCC